AUGUCUGACAUUGUAGUAAUCGGAGCCGGCGUCAUCGGCCUCAGCGCCGCCCUUCGCCUGCAACAAGCCGGCCACAGCGUCACCAUCAUCGCCAAGGACUUCCCCACGCCCUACGAAUCCGCCAACAAGCGCGCCCUCAUCAACUACAGCUCGCAAUGGGCCGGCGCUCACAACCGCUGGGUCCUGCCCACCAAUCCUGCCGAGCAACGCGAGCACGGCUUCUCCCUUACGACGUAUCGUCACAUGGAGGCCACCAUGGCCAAGUUUGCCGAAGCCGGCAUCACUUUUAUGAAGGGCAUCGAGUACUUUGAUGUUGCGCCCCCCGUGCAUGGCGACUUGAACGAGGAAAAGGCCCUUGAGCUUGGUCUUGAGGAGUUCAAGCGGUUGGGCAAGCAGGACUUUCCCGAUGACAAGGUGACUUAUGGCUAUGAGUACAAGACGUGGUGUCUUAAUCCCAUGAUCUACUGCUCUUUUCUGCUCCGCCAGUUCCAUAUCCUGGGAGGCAAAAUCAUGUCGACGGAACUCCGUGACGUCAACGAAGCGUUUCUUGUCAAGUCUUUGCCGGGCGUCCAAGUUGUCGUCAACUGUUCUGGCAUAGGAUUCAACGACGCGGCCAUGUUUCCUACACGAGGCCAAACAUGCCUCGUCUCCAACCCCUCCGCCAUCACCUACACCCGCCAAUACGCAGACGGCACCUGGAGCUUCUGCAUCCCCCGAAACUUCCACGGCGGCACCAUCAUCGGCGGCACCAAAGAGCCCGACAACUGGGACCCGGAACCCAGUGCCGAGACUCGCGCCCGCCUGCUCUCCAACGCCGCCGCCAACUAUCCCGCCCUCGUGGCAGACGGGCCAUUGCAGCCACUGGGCGACAUUGUUGGCCGGAGACCGACUCGCCGUGGGGGCAUCAGGCUGGAGAGGGAGGAUAUUCCGGCUGGUGAAAUCAAGGGCUUGCAGGACGAUGCUGCGAGGUCGAUUGUUCAUGCGUACGGCCUUGGUGGAAGGGGAUACGAGCUUUCGUGGGGAGUGGCAGAGGAAGUUCUGGAGCUUGUCAAGCAGCGAGUUUCUAGUCGUCUAUAA